AGCGCUGGGGCGAGCGGGCGCUCGGGAUGGUCGGGCAGCGCCGCGGGACGGGCGGGCGCGAUGGAGCCGCCUGAGGGCUGGGACCCCUACGGGCGGCCGGCCCGGCGCACGCAGUGGCUGGUCAGCGCCCUCGCCUACCACUACGGGCUGGACCGCGGCGUGGAGAACGAGAUCGUCGUGCUGGCCACCGGCCUGGACCAGUACCUGCAGGAGAUCUUCCACCACCUGGACUGCGCCGGGGCGGGCCGCAUCCCCGGCGAGGACUUCCGCACGCUGUGCCAGGUGCUGGGGCUGGAGGAGGCGGCGGACCCCGAGGAGUGCGCGGGGCUGUGGGACGGGCUCUCGGCCGAGCUCACCUUCCGCCAGUUCCACGCGCGGCUCUGCGGCCACUUCAGCACCCGCGCGGGCGGCGCGGGGCCGCGGCUGCCGCUGGGCCGGGAGAGCGAGCACAUCGAGACCCAGAUCCGCCUGCGCAGCCCCCGCCGCCGCCGCCGCGCCGACCCCGCCGGCCGCGGAGCCGCGGGCAGCGCCGAGCGGCGGCCGCCGGGGCCCUGCUCCCGAGAGUGCUACGAGGAGAUCGUGGCGCUGGAGCAGGCCGAGGACCGCAUCGCCAAGCUGGAGGAGGAGAACGGCAGCCUGCGGGAGCUGGUGGAGGACAUGCGGGCCGCCCUGCAGAGCAGCGACGCGCGCUGCCUGGCGCUGCAGGUGGGACUGCGGAAGAGCCAUGCCAGCCAUAAAGAGGAGGGAACCUGUUUCAUAGGGAGUAAGAGACCAUUAACACAGAACCACUCCCAGACCAAGUGCCUCCAAAGUGUCCUGAAGGAAAUGGAGCUCAUCCGGAGCUCCAGGGAUGGGCAGAUUGAAGAAGCAAUCAAGUUCAAUCAGGAGCUGGAGAGGGAGCUGAAGAGCUCUCAGGAAGCUCUGGUCAGCCUGGAAGACUGCAACCGUAACCUGAAGAGGGAGCAGGCGGAGAUGAGGAGGAAGGUGGAAGAGGCCAGACACGCCGUCCUCAACAGUCUUGGCAAAGUGAAGGAGCUGGAAGAGAAAGCUAACGAGGUGCCACAUCUGCAAAUAUACAUUCAGCAGCUGGAAUCACAACUGCAGCACUACAGGUCGGAAAGGGAGCGACCCCAGGUUCCGUGCCGGGGCAGCGUGGAGCAGCAGGAGGGAGCAGCCGUGCCGGGGGGCACACGCAGCGCGUCCGUGGCACCGCGGGACCAGCGCUCGCCCACCGGCAUCGCCAACCACGCAGAGGAUCAGCUCUUCCGCUCCGUGGAGGGCCAGGCUGCCUCUGACGAGGAGGAGGAGAAGUGGGCAGGUGACCGGGCUCCCCAGCUGGACCACGUGAAGAAGAUCCUGGCCAAGCUCCCUUGCUGUGGCAGUGGGUGUGAUGAAAAGACGUGGAGAAAGCUGCUGUCUUACCUGGAGGCCACCACCCCUGAGGGCUCUGGGAUGGCCCCUGCGGAGCCCACGGGGAAAACCUCCCCCCUCACAGAGCAGCUGGAGCUCCAGGGGCACCCAGAGAAAAAACUGGAAACAAAUAUGGAAGAGAUGAAAGGCCCCUUGCUUGGGGAGCUGCAGCAGAAGGUGGAGGAGACGGAACUGCUGAAGAUGGAGCUGCAGAUGUUGGAGACGGAGAGGGUUCGGCUGUCCCUGGUGGAGGAGAAGCUCAUGGAUGUUCUGCAGCUUCUUCAACAGCUCCGAGACUUGAACAUAUCAAAGCGAGCCCUGGGGAAAAUCCUGCUGAGCACUUUGGAAUCCUGCCGUGACCCCCAACCUGGCAAAGCCCAGCUGUUCGAAGUGCUGGACACCCUUCAGCAGGAGCUGGCAGCCUGUGAACUGUUGCACCGGCAGCCCAUGGAGCAGGCUCAGAGCCCACGGUCCCUGUCCAACCCUCUGGUGAUCUCCUGCUGAGCCCGACCAGCCCCUGGGCAGCUGGAAGGAGGAAUGAAGGGCAUUUGUCCAGCUCAGCCACGCCUGGACUGGCCAGGAGCAAGGAUUGACCCGAAGGAAGAGCACCAGCCCCUUGGCUGAGCACAGCCCUGCCUUACCUGGACUGCAAAUCCCAGCUCUGGGGGUGCCCCUGGGACUGGACUGGUACCAAACUGUGCCCACCACCCUCCCCUGAGCCACACAGAUUUACAGCCCUGGCUGUGCAGGGGCUGGGCACAGGUUGCAGCCUUUGUGGCAGCCCCACUCCAAAGCCAAGGCAGCCUGUGUUAUCCCUGGAUUUGUUAUCCCUACAAGUGACAAACUGAAUGAUAAACACACCCAGGAGUGUGUGCCAGCAGUGCAGGUUUUGAGGGCUCUGUAUUUCUCACUCAAUUAUUCACCUUAUUUAACUCUGAAGCUAGAUUUUUUAUUGCUCUGCUGAGUUUUAUAUUUGCAAUUAUAGAGAUGCCUUAGGAAUAUGCAGCAGCCUUUCCUGACAACAGUCAGAUUUCACAUAAAAAGUUAAAUUUAAAUGCUUGAAGAAGGUCCAAAGCAAUCUUGUUCCCCGGCUCUCAGGGAAGGAAGGGCUGAAAAAUUCACUUUGCUGCCGUUUUGUGUUAGCAAACAACUCGUGCAGUGCACAAGUGAGUUCUCAAGUUCAAUUUCCCUCAAUGCAACUGCAGAGACACAAAGUUAGGCCCCACAUGCAGGCCAAUUAAUGUAAAAAGCUGGGCCUAAUCAUGGUGCCAUGGAACGUUUUAGUCAACAAUAAAAUAAUUCCCAGGGCAAAAGUAAAAAAAGAGGUUCCUUCCCUUCCAAGGUGCUUUUGCUGUGUCAUUCACCUGUCAAACACAGAAGCUAAAGAGGCAGAGCUCCUAAAAGAGCCAGCUGGAUUUAUGUGACUGAGAAGGUGCACUGUGGAUCUUUUAAGAAUGUGAAAUGAUUUGCCUGAGAUAAUGCCAGCAAUGAAAUAAGACCAUUCAACUGUGCACGUAUGAAUUUUUCCCAGGGAAAUGGUUUUCUUACAGGAAUAAGGUCCACAAUGCAAGAUGGGGAAUAAGAUUUCCAUUCCUUUCCAUUCAGAACAUGCUGUGUAGCUCACACACCUCCCAUUAAAAAUUGUGGCACAAUUGAGCCACAUUGGUAACAAAAAUUUGUAUUAUUUUCAUUUUAAAGGCGAGAAAAAAAGGUGUUAUGCAAGCAAUGAAACAAACUCUGUUCAGUGGUGUUUUACCUCGUUGGUUUUUUUGUGUUUUGGGGUUUUUUGUGGUUUAGCAGAAGAAGAUUUUAAGAAUAGCUAUAUAUUGUUAAUGUACAUUUUUCUUACAGAUACCUUAGACAGGACAUAUAUACAUAGAGCAAUAUUCACCCUCUGAGAAAGAAAACUGUCUAUAAAUGCUAAAUAUAUUACUAACAAAAUACCAGAGCAUAAUAUACUAUUACUUAGUAUAUACUGAGGCAUAUGCUAACAUUAUAUCCAUCAGAAACCAGCCUCUAAAUGUGCCACAGGUAAAAGCUGAAAUGAGCUGAAGUUGGAUCCCUGCUUGGGUUCAUUUGCUAAAAACCCCGUGAAGCAUCAGCUCUUGUUUUGUGCAGCUCUCUCAGACUUUCCCAGGAAUAUUGCAGGGGUCUAAGGAGGGAAAAUGCCAGGGAAUUAUGAAAUAAGCCUGAUCUGUGUGCACAGCUGGCAGGUGAGACACUCAGGAGCAGGGUUAUAAUGCAGGGACACACCUGGUUGUGGAUCCUCAUUUACUGCAGGAUUCUUGGAACAUUUGGAUUUGUAACCAUUUGGACCCUUUUUCCUGUUCCCAUGUUCCCCAAACCCAGCAGUCUGUUUCUCACAGACGUUGCAUUUCCUCAGAUCCCCACAAACUCACUUGCUGGGUUCAUUAGUUUUCUGUUAAACCCACAAGCUGGCCCUAAAAGGAAGCUUGGAUAUUUUCUCCCCUGACCUGCACCACGUUUCCACAAAACAACCUUUCUGAUUUGACUUCAUCCUCAAUGUCCCUUCCCCUUGGCAUAUUUCCCCUUGGCAUAUAAUUCCCCUUCCCAUUUGGCAUAUUUCUCCCUGGGGUAACCUCUGAGGGGCUCACACUUCCAGCACAAGUUACAUUUUUUGAGGAGAGGUUUCCUCCUCCCGUUCUUUUUUACUUUAUAGGAGGUAUUAACCAUUAGUAAAUUAAAGUCCACCUGAUCUGUAAAGUUAUUUAACAAUUGUCCCAUUUGUUUCCACUGAAGCUCUCUCUGGAGUAUUUGGCAGUGAGGACUCAUCACAGAUGUUACACUGAGUCACAGAAUUUUUGCAGCAAAUCAAAGUGUGGCCUUCUCCAGCCAGGGCUGCUCCAAGGGGUUCAGUGCAUCUGUGCACCCUUUGGAAUUAAAAAACCCUUGGCACCAGCAUUUGCUGGAAUUAAAACUCCUCCCUUUCAUCCUACUGUCCUUUAAUCUAUUACAUGGUGCACUGCAGCGAUGAAAGGAGCUGGGAUUAGGAAGAAAGGAACCUUUUAAACAGUGCUGCAUAAAAUGGAAUUGCUCGGUGUGAGAGUGACACUAAACCUUCCCAGUGUGUGUGUGACACGUUGCAGUACCAGCCACGGGGUCUCUCUCACAUUUAUCAUUUCAUGGAGUUUCAGACACUGAAUCCUUUAGUAUUUAUGCUGUCUCAUUUUCUUAAUAAUUUUAUGUAUAGUUCCCCAAAAUACGAAAGCUAUAGAAUGUGUUUCUUAGGGUGAAAUUAAAUUACAAUCACCCUUGUGUCCUUAACUACACUUUAGUUUCAAAAGACUGGGAUUUUCAGAGGUCUUGGGUUUCUAUUCUACUUUUCUGUCUCUUCUUUUUGCCUCAGCAUGCCAAAAUAGCUCAACUUCAUUUUUCCCCCUCAACUUUUUUCAAAUUACCUUGAGGCUGAAAGCAUCAGACCCCACACCUGGUCUGAGGUACCCAUAGAAGAGCUCAGCUUAGCAAAGCAAAACGUCCUUGUUUUAUGCAGCUCACUCACUUCUUCACUUAGAAGGGGUGUCUGCAUUACAGCAAACUUCCCUGAAGUGAGACUCACUUCUUAAAUGACAUUAUUUCCUAAAAUGCUCAUAUUCUUCUGAACUGUAACCAUUUCAGAUCCUCUGUCUGGAGAAUUGCCUGCUCCUAGACUUGAUGCCCCACCCGUUUCCAGACUGUAGAACAAAGGAAGAGAAGGAAAAAGCUCAGAGGAAUUCUAGAAUUCCUAACUGGAGUUUUAGACCCAGUCACCAGCUGGACAGCAAAUUCAAUUCAUGGCCAUUUUUCCUCCUGCCAAUACAACUGCAUUUUUGUCUAAUGAAACUCCCAAAAGGAUAACAGAGUGUCAGAAUCAGUAGGAAAAGGUCUCCUUGAAUUCCUACCUCUGCCAAACCCUGCAGCACAGAAUACAGACAGCUGUUUGUUUUUAACUUCGGUGAUAGCCUAGGAAUAAACCAGAAUUAACUCUGCAUGAAGAGAAGGCUUUGGGGAGACCUUAGAGCCCCUUCCAGUGCCUAAAGGGGGCUCACACAGAGGCUGGAGAGGGCUUUUCAUGAAGGUGUGGGGGGAUAGGGCAAGGGGGGAUGGCUUUAAGCUGAGAGUAGGGUUAGAUGGGAUAAUGGGAAGAAAUCCUUUACUGUAAGGGUGGAGAGGCACUGGAAUAGAUUGUCCAGAGAGGUUGUGGAUUCCCCUGGGAAUGUCCCAGGCUGCGUUGGAGGGGGCUUGGAGCAACCUGGGAUAGUGGAAGGUGUUCCUGCCAUGGCAGGGGGUGGGACUGGAUGGGCUUUAAGGUCCUUCCAACCCCAACCAUCCUGCAAUUCCAUGAAUAUUCCUAGUCCUGCAAUGCUCCUACUCGGGGUGUAACUGCAGCUCAUCCUCACUGCAGGGAUGAGCAGCACCAGCUCUGCACUCCAGGCAGCUUUACCUGGGUCACAGUGGGCAGGACUCAAACCCCACAGGGUUCCCUGGCGUGCACAAACCAAAUUACAUUAUAAAUUACUGGUUUAUGGUUCUGCCUCAAAGAGCUGUGAGAUAACUUAUCUCUGUCAAGGAGUAAACAAGGAUUGUAGGAUGACAUUGAAAAAUUAUCAGUAUUCAAGUGGUUUCACCCACGGGCACCCUGCAAAGCAGAAAGGUCGUAAGAGCUGAGGGUUUGAGUAUUAUAGGUCGAGAUAAUUUCUGUACUUCAAGGUUUUAUUGUUUGAUAGCCUUGGUUUUGCUGAUUGCUUCUCAUUGAUCUUUUUUUUCACAAUUACAAGUGGAAAAAUGGUCUCUAACAAAGGCAAAGUCCAGCCUUUUGUGAGGAAUUUUCUACCUCUUAAGGUUGCCAAAAACAGAUAAAGAAAAAAAAGAGAGACAAUAUGUGGAGGCUGAUACAAUUUGACUUAAAAUACCAUUUAGAUAAAAAAUGUUAUUUUUAAAUAAAGAACAUGCCAUACCCA